CCAAGACUGAAACAUCGGCCGAAAUUCAAUAAUUUAAAAUGGAUGAGGCUCGUCGGACGGCAGGGGAAGAACCGGCGGACCGGGAGAUCACACCCGGGUUUAGAUUCUUCCCCACGGAGGAGGAACUGGUGUCGUUCUAUUUGCACAACCAGCUCCAAGGGCGGCGCAAGGACAUCCACCGCGUCAUUCCGGUCGUCGACAUUUACAGCAUUGAGCCGUUCAAUCUCUCCGGGUGUUCGGGAGAGCGGUGUCGGCGGGACAGUGAGCAAUGGUUUUUCUUUGUCAAGCAACAAGAGAGGGAAGCGAGAGGAGGGAGGCCGAAUAGAACGACGUCGUCUGGAUCUGGCUAUUGGAAAGCCACCGGAUCGCCGAGUUAUGUUUACUCUUCCGAUAAUAGAGUCAUCGGAGUUAAGAAAACGAUGGUGUUUUAUAGAGGGAAAGCGCCCACCGGAACCAAGACGAAGUGGAAGAUGAACGAAUAUAAAGCCAUUGAAGACGAUUAUUCCAAUUCCUCGUCUAUUCCCACUCCCGAGUUACGACAUGAGUUCAGUUUGUGCCGAGUUUACGUGGUGUCGGGAAGCUUUCGAGCAUUUGAUCGGCGGCCAUUAAAAUGUCGCAACUGAUCUGACGUGUACGACAUGUCGGCCGGAGACGGAACUUUAUUCAAACGGAUGCCGUUCAAAUUUAUUAUUAUUUUUAAUAACAAUACCAUUUUUUUUAAAAAUUGGAAUAUAUGAAUAAUUGUUUAAAAUGUAUUUUAUUUCUUCCAAUUCCACGUGUCAAUAAAUUAUGCAUUUUAUUUUGGAAUAUGCCUGUUUUAAUUUAUUAAUUCAAUGGUCAAUUAUAUGAUACUUAUGG